AUGUCAUACAACGAUCCCUACGCGCACGGCCAGUACGGCCAACAGCAGUAUCAGGAUGCGCCCUUCAAUCCGUACGAGGUCCAACAACAGCAUGGAUACACUGAGCCUGCGCGGGAGUAUGCUGAACCGACAUACGACUACACGGGACAUGCAAAGGAGACUCCGAGGAGUGGAUUCGAUGAUGAUGUCGUGCCUGCACCUAUAGGCGAGAAGACUCCCGGUAACGUGCGGCGGUGGCGGAAGGACUACCAGGGGAACUUGUGGACGAAGGGCUCUCGACUUGGCUGCUUCGGCAGGUUCUUCUGCUGCACGCUCAUGAUCUUCCUCUUCCUCUUGAUCAGCAUUGUGCUCUCUCUCGCACUAUGGCUCCGCCCACCUAACAUCAUAGUCGGCCAGCCCACCGUCGAUGUGAACUCCUUUGCCAUCAACAGCAGCAGCAUCAGUAUCGCAUUGCCCGUCGACAUCAGGUAUGUCGUCAACAACCCGAACUACUUCACCGUAGAGCUGUACAAGCUUGACGCUACCGUUAUAUACCCCAUCAACAACACCCAGAUAGGGUCGGGGCACAUGACGAACAUCCAAUUCAAGGACCACACUCAGACGAAUUUCACCUUCCCUGUCACUAUCGACUAUGAAGCCGCGUCUGACCCCAAUGGCGCUGUCAUUACCGACUUGGCCAAGCAUUGUGGUAUUGACCCAAACACCGCGGCUUCCGACAUCACAGUGACUAUUGACAUCAAGGUGGGAGUCAAGGUUAUGCUGGUCCCCUUCACCACGACGAUCACGCAGAAGGCUUCCUUCGCGUGUCCCCUGGGUAGCGAUGCAUCACAUGUCACGCAGGGUCUGCUCAAGAGUCUUGGCAUCAACAUUGACGACCUUGGUGCUCUUGCGGGAUUGCUACGAUGA